CUGACUGGCCUAGUUUUAAAGCGAGAGAUGGCGGCAUUUCUCAGCAGCUUGAAUGCAUUUGUUGCUACAGCAAGCACUCUUGUUUUCAAGGCGUAUGUGAGGCUUACAGUGUCGGAGCGUUGGUAAUUACGUUGAGAGCUUGUUACUCGCGCGUCAAGGAACCAACCAUGGCAACCCCUGCACCGAUACGACGUUUAGACGAAUCGGUAACCAACCGCAUCGCUGCCGGAGAAGUUAUUCAACGUCCUGCCAACGCCCUGAAAGAAAUGCUCGAAAACUCCAUCGAUGCCAAGGCGACCAGCAUUGAAGUCACUGUUAAAGCAGGCGGACUCAAGAAGCUGGUGAUCAAAGACAACGGCUGCGGAAUCAGGAAAGAAGACCUCGACAUCGUCUGCGAGCGAUUCACCACGAGCAAACUCGUGAAAUUUGAAGAUUUAACCACAAUAUCGACGUACGGUUUCCGCGGGGAAGCCCUAGCAAGUAUAAGCUACGUAGCGCACGUAACCAUAACAACCAUGACUGAAGGUGCUCAGGGAGCUUACCAAGUCACCUACACGAACGGAAAGCCCACGGGACCACCCAAACUAUGCGCUGGUACCAGAGGCACCAUAAUUUGCGUAGAAGAUUUGUUUUAUAAUGUUCCUACGCGAAGGAACGCGUUCAAUAAACCAAACGAUGAACACAAGCGAGUUCUCGAUAUGUUCACACGGUACGCAGUACAUAACGCCGGCAUCCAGUUUGUUUUAACGAAGGACGGAGAACGGACACCUGAUGUCAGAACCAGCUCAGAGUGGGACACUCUGCAGAACAUUUCCGCAACGUACGGCACCAAUGUUAGGAGAGAACUUCUGCCCGUCGAAUGCAAAAACGAGGACCUGAAAUUUUCCCUCAAGGGCUACGUAUCGAACGCCAACUGUUCGUACAAGAAAUGUACGAUGCUCCUAUUCAUAAACCACAGGCUCGUUGAGAGUGCAGCGUUACGGAAGGCAGUCGAAUCCAUCUACGCCACGUACCUGCCUAAAAACGCGCAUCCGUGGAUGUACUUCUCGCUGGAGAUCCAUCCAAACAACAUAGACGUCAACGUACACCCGACGAAGCAAGAGGUCCACUUUCUCCACGAGGACCUCAUCCUCGACGCAAUACAAAAGGCAGUGGAUGCGACGCUCUUAUCUUGCAACACGUCCAGGACGUACCUGACUCAGAGCCGUCUGCCACAGCUCUCCGUCGGCAAGAGCGCCGAGCAGGUGACGAGAAAGUCCGACGGGGGACGGGUGAGCGAACGCCAUCUCGUUCGGACGGACUCGCAGGCGCAGAAACUAGACGGUUUUGUCGGAACACCAAAGCGGAGCAGUCAGGAGUCCGGUGCCGCCGAAGCACGGCGUAACCUUCGCCUCAAGAGCGUCAGCGAACUUGCGGAAGCCGUCGAGAGACGGAGCAGUGCCGGACUUCGCGAACUGUUGCAGAACCACACCUUUGUCGGAGUCGUAAACCAGAAAUUCGCCCUCGUUCAGCACCUGACGAACUUGUACAUCAUAAAUACGAGACAAAUAUCCAGAGAGUUAUUUUACCAACUUGCACUAAAAGACUUCGGAAAUUUUGCAGCCAUGCGGCUGAGCGAGCCGGCGCCGAUACACGAUCUGGUCAUGCUGGCCCUGGACUCCGAAGAGAGCGGAUGGACCGAGGAAGAUGGGCCGAAGGAAGACCUGGCCAAUCACGUCGUGGACUUCCUGAAGACAAAAGCCGAAAUGCUCAACGACUACUUCUCCCUGGAGAUCGACGAAUCCGGCCAGAUUCUCACGUUGCCCGUCAUUCUUGAUAACCACACCCCGCCCAUGGAAGGUCUUCCGAUGUAUCUCCUGCGGCUCGCGACCGAGGUGGACUGGGAAACGGAACGCGAAUGCUUCGACACGUUCUGCCGCGAGACGGCAGAUUUCUACGCGAUGCCCCACUACAAAGACCGGACUGCGGAGGAAAGUCCGGAGAAGAGCUGGAAGUGGGUUACGGAACACGUUCUGUAUCCCGCCACGAAGGCCCACCUGAGGCUGCCGUCUGAAUUUACGGACAAUUCCUGCAUUUUGCAAAUAGCAAACUUGUCCGACCUUUAUAAGGUUUUUGAGAGGUGUUAGAGUGCGGAUUUUUUUUAAAAUAAAUUUUUUUUUUGUAAACUUUAUUUUUGUUGUGCACAUGCUACAAACUAAAUCGAGACUUUUUUUUGUAUGUACAGAGUAUUUGUGACACUUAAACCGAGCUGUUACAAGUCGUAGAAAAUACUUAAAAUUCUAACAAAGAAGAGCAAGUGAGCUAUGUACAUGGACAAUAGGAAUAUUACAUAAUUUCUCACUCUCUGA